ACACACUUUCAAGACGUGCGCUACAGUGCGGUCAACUAGAAUAAGUAAGAUUGCCAAUUGUUGUCGACUGCCUUGCUUACUUAAAGCCAAUGCAGUUUGUGCCCAUCCUAAGUCGGCGGCAUAUUUUUCGUAUUGCUGCCUAUCCCAGCAUUCCUCACACACACUGCCUUAGUACCCAAAGAAUCCAAUAUUGGAUUCUUAGAGUAUUUAUAGAUACCUGCUUUUUCACCUGUCACUGGGAAACUAAGUUGAAUCUCUCCUUUUAUUCGUCAUGUGUUUCAAAUUUGUCAACAUCUCCCACGAAAUUUUGAAUGACUUUGGAAAUAUCUAUUUGUAUCGUUUGAUAAAACUCGAAAAUAUGCCCGACAUUUCGGGAAAGCCAUACGUUCUUUGUUGAGAACCACAAAGAAUUUUCUAUGUGUAUAAACGUCUUUCUUCUUUAUUUGCUCAGUCUAGGAACUUUUGGUAAAUGUUGGAGUUCUUUCCGAAGUUGUAUUAAAAUUCGAAUUUUUCCCAAUGUUUGGGGACACUCUAAAUUUGGUGAAAUUUCUCCCAAAAUCGGGAAAUUGAGUGUAGUUCAUUUCGCGAACUUAACACAUUUCUAAAACCAUUACGUCAUUGUUCUCCACAUCAACAUGUCGCACUAACACCGAGCUUGCAUAAACGUUCUACGUAGAAUUAAGUAGACUACGCUUAGAAGACAAUAUGUGAAGAAGCAAUCACUUUAUUCACCACAUCGAAGUAGUUCUAUCUUGUCAACACGUAAUAACAAACGCCAUAUAUAGGAAUUGUUGUGGUUAAAAGAUUGUGUUAUAGGUGAGAUUGUAUAUUGAGACGUGAAACGAUACACGCAUUCUUCACGAAUCAUUCACGUCAUGUUUUUUUUCAUCGGGAUUGAGUUGUUAGUGUGUUUAUUAUGUCGAUAUCGAACUUUCGUUAAGUGUUCCACAAACAGAAUAAAACAUUAGUCUUCCAUGUAGUAAACGUAAUAUCUAAAAUUUUCCCAUGCUAAUAGUAUACACUUUUUACAAAAAGUAGUAAGAACAUGCAGGUAUUCAAUAAUACAUUCAAUCUUUAUUAAGUUCACCUUUCCUUGGGACCCCCAUCAACGUUUAUUUACUUUAUCUCCUGCGUCGUAUGAGAAAGCCUGACUCGCAACGCUCAUCGUUAUUUUGUUUUCGGGAUAGUUCGCACUUUGAACCGCGAACACAGAGCACCUAACAAAAGACACCGACUGUAAUCUUGGCUUGUUGCGAACUGUUCUGUAGAGUUGGUAGUUACUCAUACCCAUUUCGCUUCUAGCUCUAUAUAAAGUAUAAUUAAUGGCCAGUUCGAGCGUCGACACGUAAGCUAAACAAUCUUUGUAAACUUCCUAAGAUCACAAAUGAUCUCUGACAAUUUCUUCACGUUAAAUUUUAUAACUCACAAAUUACGAACUGACCGCGGGCUUUUUGCUCUUUCAAUGCAGCUUCUAGAGUACGCAGCUUUUCUGGUGUUUUCAAUGGGAAUGCCAAAGUAAAACUGCAGCAACUAUACCUAUCCUUCACAACUCUCUAUGAGCUUCUCAUGUAAAAAGGAAGUUUAUAGAUCUUGUUAGACGGAUUAGUAAUCGCUUCAAAAAUCAUUUGCAAUGUUACUUUAUCAUUGUGCUAUCUAUUGGUACAAAAUUUAGUUUAAGUUUAAGCUACUCGCUAACAACAGCCACAGAUGGAAGCGGCAGUGAGAACACCUCUGUUUUAGAAGAACUGCUCUAUGAGCAUGUACUCAUCAGAUACUUAGCUAUUAGUGAAAAUCUCUCAAUCGAAAUGCUAAAUACUAAAAACUCAGCAACCUUCAAUUCCCCAGGGUUUACAAAUAGUCAUUCAUUUUUCGUUUAACAGCCCUAACGAGGAAUUUAUUACGUACGUUCAUCAAUUCACAUCUUCGGCUUUUAUUCCUCGUCGUUGAUGAGGACGUACUGUUUCGAUUGAUGAUAUAGAUCAAUGCAGUAGUGUUAUAAAUUUCUAAAAUCUUACGUAUAAUAACUCCAUAACAUUCACAAUAACUUUCGGGGUUAUGAUGCCAAAGCACUAAUGUGUAGACGUUCUGCACUAAGAUAUUCUACGUGUUACAGGCCUUAAGAAAUGAAGUCAUCCUAUCUAAGAAAAGGUAUGUAAAGUGGAGAUAAUUACCCUGUAAUAUUGAGCCGGAAUCGAGAUACACUUACAAAGUAUGUUUGUCAUAGUAAUCCACGUACACCUGUGGCUGACUACAGAGCAUUUAAAUAUACCUAUAGUACUAGGAGGAAACGGGUCGGUGAAGAAAUCUGAAGCUUUUGUGUAUCAAUCAGUUAGUCAGCUGCAACUUAAGACACUUAUAUGCAUCGGUCCAAGUUGCCAUACCUCAUUAGCACAACAAGAUGAACACCAAAUUCAUAGAAGUAGUCACUUCAAUGGUUGUAAUAUAUAAAAGAAGGAUUGUGUAUAAGGAUAUAGUACAGGAGGAAAGAAUUAUUUCGUAGAAAAAAAGAUAUAAAGCAAUUUUAAUCUCACGGUUUAAGAGAGGACAAAGAUUGUAAACACCGACGCCAUUGUGAUCGAUUUUCAGCCAUGUCACCAAGAGUCUCCAACCAUUGGUUACCUUAGUCGCGAGGACCCCAACCAAGUAGUCUGCAUCUACCAACAUGGCUUAUACUAGAAUUGAAUGACUUUAUGGACUGAUGCCAUGUUUUGGUUUUGUUAGGUUCGUUAAGCUUGAAUGCUACUACUGAUUCGGCUUAUUCGGAACGGAACGAUCAGAGUAAUAUUUCUAGGACAUCUGUGGUCAAAUACUGGUAACUUAUGAGUAUCUUCUACUAUUAAUGGUCGAAACCUAAUCCUGCCACUCUCUACAACUUGGGUGAUGAACCUAGUCUUUCAAUUCGCUACAACUAUAUUGUUAGGUCUAGUACUAAAUAAGCUUCGAGUCUCUAUAGCGAAAAUAGGUGGAUGCAUUCGCUUUAGUCGCAUGCUGGUUAAAUUAUUUUAUAAAGAGGUUUUCAGCCAUGUCUAAGCAUAUAAAGCGUGUCGGUUCUGAAGGAAACAUUCAACAUAUAUCCAUAGGCAAGUUAUCAAAGAACACAAAUGGAUUUACUCAGUCAUUUAAAAUUUCGUGAGAGAUGUUGGAGAAAACCCAACUUUUUCUCAAAAGUGUUGAGGAUUUCCCCCAAAUAAAUUUCGAAAAAAACUCCAUAUCAAAAGAAAUUUUGGCGUUUUUAGACGCAUUUCUGCGAAAUUUCUUUAAGAGCUCCCCAAGUUUCAGGAGAUUGGAUCAGACCAGGCCUCGUAUAAUUGAAAUACCUACUUGAUAUUUGAUGGAAUUUUUAAUCGCUUUUGAUGAAACAUGUUCUGUAUCUUCAAAACCCAAGAUUUUUAAGCACCUCCGACGUCUUCCGGAAGAUAUCAGCUAACGAUAUCUAACAAAAUAUGGUACCAUUCAAGCUGAUAUCAUUCUAUAAUAAGAACUAGUCGAGGUGACUAUCCAAUCUAUCGGCUGUUACUACCAAACCUCAGAUAUAUUCAACAUUUAGAUUCUUUUCACGAUUCUAAGUCAACUGUACGGCCUAGUAGGUUUCUAAUUUAAACCAUGCUGGAACAGUAGUUAACUGAUCAUAGUAUUUAAGUUUUAACCAUUGGGUCACAAUGAAAUUCUACUCCUUCUUCUUGUACUUAAGGAGUCGAUUAGUAAUAUCAGAUACCGCACAUAAAUCGUUACUUCAAACCGCGUACACAAACCUGUUCUUGAUAGAUGAUCAUAAUAAGACUAAAUCACAAACGAUUUUUGCAUUCAUUGUCAAUAAAAAGUUUUUUUUCAGUCAUCCUGAAAAUUGUCAGUGAAGGUCAACAUGGAUUUAUUGUGAUCAUCAAUGACAACUGAGAGACUAUUUGAUAAUAUAAGCAUCAAGCCUGGACUUAUUGUAUUCGACCUGGGUUAGUUUCUUUUGCUACAUAAGUGAUAAAAAACCAUCAGAUUGUACAUUAUGGCCGUUUGACUGUGACAUUUACGAUAGUCAAGUUUUUCACAAAAAUGGUGAUAUGAUUUAUGAUGAAAAUAAUUACCCACUAAAUAUACUUCAAGAUUCAAAUAAUAUAUUGAAAUCUAUCAAACAAGAAAAGGAUAUACUAUUGGCAUGUGCUUCAAGGACCCCUUCGGUGGAAACAGCUCGUCAGUUAGUUCACCUUAAUGGUUGGGAUAAAUUAUUCGAUCAUAUGGAAAUAUAUCCAAACAGUAAAAUUGUUCACUUCCAGACACUUCAACGAAAGACUAAAAUUCCAUACAAUAAAAUGAUAUUUUUCGAUGAUUUACAAUGGAAUAUCAAAGAAGUAAAAAGUCUAGGUGUUCACAGCCAUCACGUACCUAAUGGUGUGCACAUGGGGGCUUUUCGUAAAGCAUUGAAAGAAUAUGAACGAUUUUGGUCUUGUAAAUAAGAAAUCUAUUCAACAAACUACAGUAUUAUCGCCAUUGUCCUUCUCUUUCACCCCUGAAUCAAACAAACUCUUUCUAGUCAUUUCAAAGAGAGUUAGAGAAAACACCAUAUUUAUUUCUGUAUCUUUUGAAACUUUUCAAAGCUUUAUCAAGAUGUUUUUCUGUCUGUUUACAUUUUCGCCGACAGUCUUUAUUAUAAUUACUAAUAUUCACUAGUGUAAGUACCAUUAAUAACCGAGAUGGGUUGGGGGGUCACAUUAAUAACUAACUGUUUCGUCGUAGUUUGCGAUUUUUGACUGAUAAACAAACAUCCAUCACGUAAGUUGAAAAUCAGUUUCAAACGACUUCAGCUCUUGUUAGAAAACUACGCUUAUCUGUGGUGAUUUAUUCAAAAUAAUGUAGGAGUUAGAAACAAACAGUUGUAUGGUUUCAAUUGAAUUAUUAAAAAAAUAUUCUGUCAUUGUACACAUUUUGUUUACAAUAAAAUAGAUAUUAUUUUUAUUAAGCUUUCUGA